UUGUACUAAACAACAGUUGAUGUAGUACAUGUGGGAUUACACUGCAAAGCUUUUUAAAGCCACAGUGCUCUCUAUCAUACUAGUUGUCAGUACUUGUAGAAAGGGUGUUUUGGAAUAUAAGAACCGUGAUGUAUAAUACAGAUUCACAAAGGAAUGAGCAUAUGCCAGGGCAUGUCCUUAAUGGAAUUGAUAAUAGUCUUGUAGGAAAUGUAGGAAAUGUAAACAGUGGCGUGAUAGGACUCAACAAAAACCAUGAUGCUGGAAGUGGUUCUUUGAUUUCAUUUGAGGUGAAUCGAAACUGUUACUCCCCUCUACAAAGCAAUGGAGAUUGUGAAUUAAGAAAAGCUAUUGCAAACUAUAUAGAUCAUCUGGAUAGGGAAAGAAACAGAAAUGAUUAUUGCUGGCCUACAAGGAUGAAUAACUUUGAGUUUGUUAAUCAAGGAAAGUAUUCUUCUUACAUGGGACCUGGAGUGGCAUUUUCUCCCGGGGUCUGUGGUGAUCAGACUGUCAGCCUGAGACAAGCCUACAGUGGUCCUGAUGUUGGAGAACAUGGGGGAUAUCACCCACCAUUACAACCAAAUCAGCAUCACCCGAGACAGCCCUUCCACCACGGUACCAACUUUCCACCACCCCCACCUCCACCCCCUGGGGUUCAGCAGAUCACCCCUCUGAAUUCACAGUCAGCCCCAGGAGGAGAUUUUCUUGGCAACAGACCCAGCAUUGCCUUUGGAAGACCGAACCUCAAUCAGCAAAAUUUUUCAUCUUGUCAUGGGCAUUCUGGGACAGCUUUUACAGACAAUAGGGGGAGCCACUUGCAGCCUGCCAGUGCUGGUAACAAUGGUGGGAGUGGACGGAAUAAUAAUUCAGAUAAAAAAGCAAAACUGAACUUAAGUUGGGAUAAAGUUGUGCCUAAGCAGGCAGCGAAAAGAAAAUGUUCGGACUGCGAGAAUGUUAAUAUGACUCUAAGCAUGGAUGAACAGCAGAGGGAGGAUGCGUCCAGCAUGGAGAACAUCGUCAAAGGAUUAACGCAACCUCUUUUCUGUAAAGUGUGUUCCGUGAACCUGAAUGCGCCGUCCCAAGCCAAGCAGCAUUACCUGGGUAAAAAUCAUGCGAAAAAGUUACGCAUGUGGUUAAAGACUCAAGAGGACGCUGGCAAAAGCAAUUUGAGCAAGAACGUUGGUACUAUGGUAACUACGAUAUCAUCCCUUUCGGACUCGGACAGCACUAAUGACAGUACAGAUCCUGGAUCUGAGUGUUCUAGACAGUCAUCGUCAUCGUCCUCGUCUGUAUCAUUAACAACAGCAGCUUCAGCAUUAACAGUGUCCUCGGCAUCUGCACCACAGUCAACCCAGGAACUUAAUCCUGACAUUUAUUGUAAGAUUUGUGAGGUUUCCUUCAACUCCCCCAAGCAAGCAGAGCAGCAUUACCAGGGGAAGAUGCACGGGAAACGACUGAAAGCGUCUCACGUUGCAACAAAUCCUGUCACUAAUGAGAGUGCUGGGAAUGUUAAGCAAGGUUCAAAGUUCAUCUGUUUUGUGUGUCACAUCCACGUGACGUCCCAGGACCAGCUGGACUGUCACCUCCAAGGCGCCAAGCACCUGGCCAAGCUCAAGAUGCAGGAGAGAUCCCAGAAUGCAUUGCAGGGGAGGUGGGGAGGGGCGGCAGAGAAACCAUCAGGUUUCUUUAAGAACCUACUUCCCCCAGGUGUGGGUAAGAUCCACAUGAGUGAAAGCCAGACAACAUCAUCGUCAUCAUGUCAGUUUUCUCCGCCACCGCUUAAGAGGCCGCGUCAUCGAGAUUUCACAAAUUAUCGAACUCCCAGUGGGAAGUUUUACUGUGGAGCCUGCAAUGUUACCAUGAACAACGAGGUUCAGUUUGCUCAACAUGUGGACAGUAAAAAGCAUAAGGCGAACAGUGCUGCGAUGAGGAGCUCUGCUUUAGAAUGCUAA